AUGAUUUUCACAAAGCAAUGUUUGUUUCUAUCUUUUUUUGUACUCAUCGUGUCAUCUUUUUUGAAGCGUAAAUUAGUGCUAAACAACUAUAUAUACUCUAAGACCAAUCGAUUUAAGAAAAGAAAGAAAAUAGUUAAUUACCAAUUAGUAAAAAGUAAAGAUAAGGAUGUCGAAUCUUACAUUCCCCAUAUUUAUAAGGAUAUUGCGCCAUCAUUAAAAGGAUUAGCUGAUCAAGAAUACUCUUAUAAGCAACUUUUAAAUGCGUAUAUCCCCGAAACAAUUGAAAGAGAAAAGAGAGAUAAAUUAAACAAAAAAUCAAAUCAAAAAAAUAAUAAAAAGCAAAGUAAGGAAAACAGACAAACUAAUAAAAAUAAUGAAAUUGAUGAAAAAGAGGAAAAUGAAGAAAAUGAAUGUAAUAAAGAUUUAUCAAAUAAUAUUGACAAAAUGAUGGAAAUAAAAAUGAAAGAAAAUGAUAUUAAACAUUUUGAAAAUUUAAGUGAAAUAAGUAAUCAUAAAAAGAAAAAUAAAAUAUUAGAUAUAGCAUAUGAUGUUAUUGAAGAUACAUUAAAAAAUACUUAUAUGAAUCAAAAAUUGGGAUUAGAUAAUGAAAAUAAUGAUUCCAAAAAAGAUUAUUUAGAAAUCGCGAAAAAAAGAAAAGACUUAUUAUAUGAUAAAUUAAUUAAUAAUUAUUCCAUGUUAAAUAAUUCGAGUACAUUUGAUUUGUUUGGAGUUUUUUAUGACAACAAUAAUUAUAAAGAUGAUAAUAAGUUAAUAGAAGAACUUGACAAAAUUAUGAAUUUAGAGCCUUUUAAAAGUAACAAGGAUAAUAUUGAUGAAGAUAUUGAUGCCCUUUUAAAAAAGGAUAAAAUACCUACACAUAUUCGUAACUUUAUUUUAAAGUAUAAAAAUUUGAGAAAAAUUAAUAUGUCAAAUAAAAAAAUAGAUCAUAUGAAAAAAAACGAGAAUGAACAGGUCAAAGAAAGUGGUAGCAUUAAACAAAUGGACAACGAUGGUAAUGUAGAUGAUGAAAAAGAGAAAGACGAAGAAAACAGAAAUUAUGAAAAGAAUAUAAAAGAUGAAAAUGGAGAAAAUAUAUACAACGAUUUUAAUAGAGACUUGAACAAAGUUUUGAUGACUUUUAAUAAAAAUUUAACUAAUGAAAAAUUAGUAAAGAGAGAUAAAUACAUUAUAGAUGAGUUAUAUGAAGAAUAUAAAAAGCAUAUAAAAAAUAUGAACAUUAAAAGAAAUAAAUUAGAACCACAAAAAGAUAAUUAUGAUUUUUUAACAUUUGUUCAUGAAUAUGGUGAAGAGUUUUUUUUCCAAAAAUAUGGAUAUUUUGAUAAUUAUCUAAAGGAAAAUGUUGAAAAAAUUAAAAAUAAAGUUAGAAGCGAAAAUGCAAAUAUAGUAAGCAUUCCAAAUAUUAUGAAUUCUGAACCGAAUUCAAAACAAGAGAAAUCUUCGACAAUUACUAAAUCAAAUGACCCAGUAAACAAUAUAGGAAAUGAAAAAGACAACAUCGAUGAAGAUUUUUUAAAUGAUUCUCCUGAAAAAAAAAUCAAUAAAAAAAAUGAUGAAAAGAAUAACACACAAAUGCGUAAUAAUUUAGACUGGAGAAAAGAAAGUAAUAAAUUAGAAAGUUAUAUGCUAUCAAAUAUAGUACACGAAUAUAAUAAAAGAAUAUACGAUAUAUAUAAACCUAAUGAUAUGAUAACAAACCACUAUGGAUUUAAUAAUUAUAUUGAUAAUGAAGAAUAUGAUAAAGAUAUAAAUGUUUCUUUAAAUAAAUAUAGUAUAAUGAAUUAUGAUAGUAAAGAGGAAUUAAAUAAUGAUGAAAGUUUAUAUGUUGGUAAAUUAAUAUUUGGAAAAAUAUUUAAAAUUGAAAAAAAUAUGGCACUUGUAGAUAUAAAUUAUUCACAUUAUGGAGAAAUCCAUUCAGAUCAAAUGCCAUAUAAUAUUACUAAUAUUAGUGAUGUAUUUAAAGUUAAUGAUAAAUUAAUAUUUGAAAUAUAUAAAAUGUAUCCUAAUAGAAUUGAAUUAACAUUAAAAAAUAUUCAAAAAAUUAAUGACCUUAAUAAAAUAUUAUUAUAUAAAACACAAGAUAUUCCUUUUGAAGUAACCGUUUUAUCUAUAAUAAAAAAUGGCAUAACUGUUUCUUAUAAUGAUAUAUAUACAUUUAUUCAUAUAUCUGCUAUAUCGUCUAAAUAUAAAGUUAUAGUAGACGAAAAUGAAACUAUUGAUUCAAAUUUAUUAAAUAAAAAAAUAAAAGUAUUUUGUACUGAUAUUAAUAAAUUAAGUUUUUCAAACUUAUUAUAUGAGCAAAAUGAACAAUUAAAAAACAUAAAUAUGUAUGAUGUAAUUGACGUGGAAAUUAUACAUAUAUCCAAAUACGGUUUAAUGGUAAAAUAUAAUGAUAUUGUUGGGCUUAUACACGUAUCCGAAAUUUCCAGAAAAAAGAUGGAAAAUAUUAAUAAUGUUUUCAAAAUUAAUGAAAAGAUUAAAGGAAUGUUAAUAAAUAUAGAUUACUAUAACAAACGAUUCUCUUUAUCUACUAAAAUUUUAGAAACUCACGAUAAAAAUUUUAUUGAUAAUAGAGAGGACAUUUAUAAUAAUAUUGAACAUAUUGUUAAUAACAUUAAAAAAAGAAGUAAUAAAAUGGAAGUUAACGAUUCGAAUAUUAAGAAUCAGUUAUUAUCUCUAAUUGAUAUAUACAAAGAUGGUAAUGGGUCUGAAAAAGUGAAAACUGAAGAAGGAAAAGAUGAAACUACUAAUCAACAUAAAAAAAUACAAGAGGAAAUAAAACUUUACGACAAUGAAAAAAUAGAUAAACAUCCCCAAGUUACUAGUGAAAAAACUGGGAGUCAAACAGAACAUAUUACAGAUAUUAAAAAUGACAAUAAUAUAAUUGAUGGAGAAGAAAAAUAUAACGUUAAUUCUAUUGAUAAUGAUAUUAAAAAAAUGCAAGAAAAAUAUCAAAACAACGAUGAUGACACACUCUCCGAGUUAAAUCAAUCUGAAGAAAAAGAAGAAUUAUCUAUUGAUGUUCACAAUGAAUUGGUCCCAUAUCUACUUCUAAAGCAGUCCGAUUCCAAUAAAGAAGAACAUGAGGAAGAAAAGAAGGAAAUUGUUUGGAACCUGGAUGACGAAGAAUUUUUGCAUUCUAAUUCUCCGACUCAGAAUUCUCAAUAUAUCGAAUAUCAGUGGUCAUAUUUAAAAGACAAAAAAUGGGUAUCCUUUCCAUACCACGUCAAUAGAAUUAUAAAUUACUAUUUCAACAUUAACGAUGAUUUUUUUACGUAUAAGGAAAAAACUGUGACAUACGAAAUAUAUUUUGCAAAAAACGUGAGGAUUGAUUUGUCUACUGGUUUGCAAAACAAGAUUAGAAAGACAUUAAAGAAUUCAUCUUAG